AUGCCUGAACGCAAAAGUACUCCUGGAAGCAUCAAUACUGAGACUUCCUCGAUUCCACAGAUCGAAGUUAUGUCGCCUCCCCGUGACAGAAAGCCAAAGCGCGUGCCUAGGGACACAGGGUUUCCCGAGCCAUUUCAAAGUGGGCCCAACACGACGCUGCCUCACCCCGACGCGGACUUAUCUCCGAAUGCCAUGCUAUCGUACGAGGACGUUUCACAAGACCGAAUGAUAAAGAGGCAUAGGCUCUCUUUUUUGAAGAAGCACAAGCGAACAGUUUCCCACGGUGUCAUCAAACCCGAGACCGAAGCCUUCAACAGCAUGCUGUCACUUUCGAUGUUGGACUUUGAUGGAAAGCAUGGCCACCAACUGAGGAGUGUAUCGACAACCAGCCUUCGGCUGUCCAAGGAUGGAGGCGAGAGUAUCCGCUCAAGCUCCAAGAGAGAGGGCGAUGACGAUACGCCACCGACCUCGCCUGAUGUACCCGAACAUCGCCGAAAACCUGGGCUAUUCGGUCGAUUCAAGCGGCCUUGA